CAUUUUAGCAGAUUUAAUCAUAUCACACAAACAAAAUCAUGCAUUUGAAAAACCACUAUUAUUUCCAUGUGGUAACUUGAAAAUGGACAUUUUACCAAAUAAAUUGGAGAAGGAAAAUAUACCGUUAGCCCCAUUUGAAGUAUAUGAAACUAUACCAAAUGUGCACUUUGAAGAAAAAUUUUCAAAACUGACUAAAUUCGGGACUGAAUGCCCAGAAUUUAUAGUAUUUUUUAGUCCUUCUGGGAUUGCAGCAUCUGUACCACUCUUUGAAAAGUUUCAUAUUGAUAUGGAAAAAAUAAAAUUUGUUGCUAUUGGGCCAACAACUGAAAAAGCGAUGAAAGACAAGAAUAUCAAUGUGGCACAUGUGUCUAAGAAGCCCACACCUGAAGCUUUGACGGAAGCUAUUAAAUCCAUACAUGACUCUGCACAAAAUUAG